AUGUUAGACCAAUGGCUAGGAGCAAAAACAACUGAAGGUGAGGUGAUCCCUAUGAGGGACAUUGAAGACCAGCUAGUCACGCAUGUGCUAGGGGGUCCAUACGCCUUGGCGACCAUUCUUGGUGGUCUUGGAGCUUUGAUGGCUUCGUACCCAAGAAUUAUGAGACGAGCGCAGCAGGAGAUAGAUGAUGCUUUGGUGCGCGGUAUCCUAUCACAGCCAUCACCGUUGUAUUCAGAAUGUUGCCAAUUACAAUACGUGAGUGCUUGCAUAAGAGAAGCGUUGCGUAUUACUUCAACUGCGUCUCCAAGAUGGCGUAGCUCUGAUCGAGUACUCAAUCUUCUUGGACAAGACACCCGUCCUAGAACAGCCAUAGCAACCAGUCCCUUUGCGAUCUCAACAAGUAAAAGCAUCUAUGGUACCGACACCAAUUUGUUUUAA